AUGGGGCCACGAACCGGACCAGGUGGCCCGAGAGGCCGGACGGCACUGUCGACGAAACAAUCUGACGGAGGUAUCUCGUCCGAGCUCAUGCUGCUAUCGAUGGUGACGGAGCUGGUGAUGCUGGCACCCGCCACGGGCGUCCCACGAAGGCUCCCAAAGGGGCGGCGGCCGCCGUCUAGCGUCGCACUCGGGAACGAGCCGCGGCGGGCGCUGUCCCUGCCUCCGGCCGCGCCGCCGGAGGACGGCGCGGUGAGACGAAGACGCCUUCCGCGCCAGCGGGGGGCAACAUGCUGGUUCCACCCAUCGGGGUCGCGUCCCCCGAUGGCGGGCAUCGGAGAGGGCAUAGGAGAGGGGACCUGGGGCGCGAGUAGGUCUUCAGACUGGUCGUCUUCCUCGUCUUUCUCCUCUUCUUCAGAGUACUUGGGGUCGUAAUCUUUGUCACCGCUUUCUUCGUCCUCCGUGUCCGCUACAGGUGGAACCGGUUCGUGGUCGCUUUGUGGUGAUGAGAGAGAGAGGAAAGGGGUGGCGGGCGGAGCGGAUGCGGCAUAUGCACGAAUAGGUGGUGUAUCGCGACGAUAUUUCGUACGGGGGCGUACUCGAACAAAGAGUAUUGUUUUUCAGCGCUGGUGUUUCGCCAUCACCUGUCGCGUUCAGUGUGUUUGUAGAUGUGGUUACCAUGAAGGGUACCGACGGAGAUUCUCUUGGGAUGGUGGCCUUCGCAUCCCGUCUUUUACACCCGGGAGGUGGUCUCACAAUGAACGAGCGAAAACUCUCAAAAUUCGAAGGACUCCCGCGUGUAACAUGCGAUUUCAAUGGCCACGACGUGGUCUUCUCCCUGGCCACUCUUCUUUUGUGGGAGGGGGGGCUUAUUGGUUAUUGGUAUAUCGUGUAUUGGUUGAGGGCGGAAAAGAGAACUCCGACAGAGAUACACAAGCGGGGGGUGUCUCCCAACAUGUAAGUAACUUGAUGUGUCAUGAUGAAGUACGCUCACACAUCGACGAGGUCGCGUGUUUUCCUUUCGAAUAAAUAUUCCCAUUAACCUUUUGGGUCUACAGGCCUUCUGACAGAUCAUUGAUUGAUCAUUUUUUUCAUAUAUUUUUUCUAAUAGCGCCGAACAGACGGUCUAGUCGUAUAGGGGAGGAUACGACAGAAACCCCGAACCACAUGCAAAGGAGUUGUAGAGCUCGCCAGGAUAGAGCGCGCCCGCCCCACCAACGCAUUGCUGCAAACACACGGAGCAUCCACCAGAGGUGCGCCGAGAGGUCAUGAGGAGGCCUCGACGCCCCGCGUGGUCUGCCAUGUCCAUCUGGGCGGCGUUGUUGGUAGCGCUUGCAGUAGCGUUGUUGGCAGCGCCAGUUGCCAUUCCUGCUCGUACAUCGGCUUUGGCCGUCUCUCUCCGGCAGCCACCCACACUUGCUGUGAACGCGGCCACUGAGGACAGCGAGCUGGGCAUGGAGGACAGCGGAUAUGCAAUCGACCCAAGAGUGCCGAGUGAUGAUGAGGAUGACUGUGAGUUUGAUAUGGACGCAUCGUAUAAACCGAUAUAUGCUGCGAACUCGCACAAAGCUGGUCACAAUAUCCGGGGCGCAGCUCGGCAGCUACGACAACAACAACAAGCGCCGGCAUCACCGGUCACGCCGUCGCUCCGGACGGCUUUGCUUGGGCCGCAACAGCGGCAGCGGCAACAGCAGCAGCAACAGAAACCAUCUCCGCCGGAGCGCUUGGAUCUAGGAAGUGUACUGAACUCGCAUGACGCUGGUCACAACACCCGCGGUGUAGGAGGGCAACAGCCGCAACAAUAGGGGACCCCGGAGCUACCGGUCACGGACCGGCUCCCUACGACCUCGCGUGAGGCGCAACAGCAGCAGCAGCAGCA